UUUGAUUUACUGCAGCGAUUUUCCCUUUUCAGACAACACACGAACCAAGACCAGGAUGUUCGCAGACGACACGGCCUUCUGGUCGUCCAACAAAUGCCCCACCCGAGCCGCCGCCAACAUCCAGCAUCUAUCGAAAUGGCAAGAACAAAACAGACCGCUCGUAAAUCUACGGGAGGAAAAGCCCCCAGAAAACAGCUCGCCACUAAGGCCGCGAGAAAAAGCGCACCGGCGACCGGCGGCGUCAAGAAACCCCAUCGUUACAGGCCCGGAACCGUCGCUCUCCGAGAGAUCCGUCGUUAUCAGAAGAGCACCGAACUUUUGAUCCGCAAACUGCCCUUCCAACGUCUCGUCAGGGAGAUCGCCCAGGACUUCAAGACCGACUUGCGUUUCCAGAGUUCCGCCGUGAUGGCUCUCCAGGAAGCUAGCGAAGCUUACCUCGUCGGUCUCUUCGAAGAUACCAACUUGUGCGCCAUCCACGCCAAACGCGUCACCAUCAUGCCCAAAGACAUCCAGCUGGCGAGACGCAUUCGCGGAGAAAGAGCUUAAAAAAAAAAAAUCGACCGACCAUCAAUCACACCGUCAUCUCUCAACUGUCAGUUCUCUUUUCGAAAGAGACAAAAAAAUCGGUUCUUUUCAGAACCUCAAUAUUUUUCCUAACGAAUAAAAAAUUAAGCAACUUUUUCGAGAAUCGAAUCGU